AUGUUCUCUACUCUUGUAGGUCACUGCUGAUACAAUUGGUGCUCUAAUGGAGAAUAGUAACUGUAUCACUUUAGAUAUUUGCGCUUCUCUCUUACGUCUUUCCUCCAGUCUUCUUGAAAGCAAAUAUGACAGGCAUCUGAGCGUUGCCUUGGGGAUGAUUCUCAACCUUGUUAAGAGCUUUGGUGCAACUAUUUCUUUAGCUUUGUCGGCUGCGCCGCCUGUUGGUGUGGACCUUGAGGCUGAGCAGAGGUUGGAGCGGUGCAGUCUAUGUUUCCAAGAGCUGAAGAAGGCGAGCACCAGCCUCAAGUCGCUGACAAGACGGCAAGGUGAGGUUGGGAGAUCAGCGCAGGAGCUCGCCCUUUUUCUUCAGGAUAUCUUGCAACUGUCAAGAGUGUAAACAGUGACCAAACUGCAACUCAAAAUUCCAACCCCCUACCUUUUUUUUUCUUUCCCUUUGGUCGUAUAUAACUCAUAACAGAUAUAUAGGCACAUAGGAUGAACAACUAUGACAGACGAAAUAUAUAGAAAUUACACAAAGGUGUAGGAAAUCAAAGGUGUCACAGUUACUUAUAGCAGAGUGAAUUUCCUUUCUGGGGGAAAGGAGGAUAAUGGCAGAGUGAAGCUUCCCAGUUUUAUCCUUUUCCCCUCCUUUUGUACAAUAUAUGGAGAAUUCAUAGGUAUAUUUGUACAUUUUUUUUUCAA